AUGGGUCGGCGCAGAAGUAUGCGCGAUUAUAUUGACAAAGGUAAAAGCGGCGCGGGCCUAGUUCCCAGGCCCGCAUUCUCUGGCGCGUUCCUCAUCACUUACGCCCCCCUCCUAGGCGGCCGCGGUAUCGCCUUCGCCGGCCGUACAGGCCCCGCUAAAUCUCGGACACGAACAGUGAGUGCCUCAACGGUCUGCCGGUUGUCCGCGCCGGAUCCGGCUGCGUCACGUGUGAAUCGCUCAUCGUUCUCCGCGGCACUCGGCCAGAUUAAUCGCCCGAGUCUCGGGCUCGACACGUCCGCGGGCAGCGGCCAGGUAUUCCGGCGCAAGACAGAGUGCGCCGCGCGGUACCGGGCAUUUCUCCAGCCGCGAACACGUGUCUUGCGCCGCUCCAGCUCUGGAGCUGGCAUCGCGUGCGACGUGGCGUGGCGCGGCGCGGCGCCGCUUUUUGUGGCCUGUGUUUUCGCCGUCAGCUGUCCGUCAGCGCCGCCCGCGCUCCAUCCAACUCCUCCGCAGACGGGCCGGGCCGCCCGUCACCGCGCUGAGAGCCGUCCACCCGCCCUGCCUCGCUUUCACCGCGUCCAUCUGGCGCCGCUGCGUGCACGAGGGGUACCACCACCACCACCACCACCACCACCACCACCACCACCACCACCACCAGCCCAGCAAGUAGUGGUAUAUGUUAAUGCUUAA